AGCCCCCCUGGAUACGCCCUUGAGUCCAAGAUUUGGGUAAGUUUAAGGUACGAGUUUAAACAUUUGCCCAAGUUUUUUUUAUCAAUAAAUGUAAGUUUUAGUUUUUUUUCAUAUUUCCAAGUAAAUCUCUUCAAUUUCCCAUUCCAAUUUUGAAAAACAAAUUUGAAUGAGUUGAUAGAAGUGGGCCAGAUAGACUCUUUAAAUUUUAUUUUUUUUAAGCAAAUGGAAAAUGAAAUGGAAUCUGAUACAAAAUUUAUUCGUGGUUUAGUAUUAGACCAUGGUGGUCGUCAUCCUGAUAUGCCUAAAAAUUUGACUAAUGUUUUUGUUUUGACAUGCAAUGUUUCUUUGGAAUUUGAAAAAACUGAAGUCAAUUCCGGUCUUUUUUAUAAAACAGCAGCUGAAAGAGAAGCUUUAUUACAAGCUGAACGUGAAUAUAUUACUAGACGUGUGUUAAAAAUAAUUGAACUUAAGAAACAAGUUUGUGGUGAAAAAGGAAAGGAAGAUGCUUCUUUUGUUGUUAUUAAUCAAAAGGGAAUAGAUCCUCCAAGUUUGGAUUUGCUCGCAAAAAAUGGAAUUUUGGCAUUACGCAGAGCUAAGCGCCGAAAUAUGGAACGUUUACAAUUAUGUUGUGGUGGUACUGCUGUUAAUUCUGUUGAUGAUUUGACGCCUGAAGUUCUUGGAUGGUCUGGGAGUGUUUAUGAAUACAUUUUGGGAGAGGAUAAAUACACCUUUAUAGAAGAUUGCAAAAACCCAAAAUCUGUCACGCUUUUAUUGAAAGGCCCAAAUAAGCAUAGUGUUGGACAAAUCAAAGAUGCUAUUUAUGAUGGAAUUCGAGCAGUAUUUAAUGUUUUGAAAGAUGGUUUGUUUGUGUUUUUAGAUUAA